GGCACUUUCCAUAUUUUUGCCCACACCUAAAAUCAGUACAAGGGGGUACAAAAGGGCGGGAACACCGUCGUGGACCUAGAGAGACAACUGAUAUACAAAGGACUGAGAUGUACGGUGGGAACGUCCCGUUCGACGGCAACGCAGCCUUCGCUGGAGGUGGCUUCAUGCCAUCUCAGGCGACUCAAACUGCUACUGAUCCUUCUUAUUCUACAUCCAAGAAUCGAGAUACACAGUCUCUGCUUCCAUUGACAGUGAAGCAAAUAAUCGAUGCCGUGCAAACAAGUGAUGAUAAGAUAAAUUUUCUAGUUGAUGGUGUUGAUGUCAAUAAUGUGAAACUAGUGGGAAUUGUGUUCAACAUAGCUGACCGCGCCACUGAUAUUUCGUUUGUACUGGAUGAUGGAACUGGACGCAUUGACUGCUACAGAUGGCUGAAUGAACCUUUUGACAAAACAGAAAUGGCGGCUAUCUCAAAUGGGAUGUAUGUUAAAGUCCAUGGACAUUUGAAGGGUUUCCAGGGCAAGAAACAGCUAAUGACUUACUCUGUCAGACCUGUGGAGGAUUAUAACGAGAUUGCAUAUCACAUUGCUGAAGCUAUUUAUGCUUAUUGCUACAACACAAAGAUAAGGAAGCUUCAAGAGAGUAGUGCUCAUACUGCUGCUGCCGCUGCCGCUGCUCCUCACAUGCCAUAUUCGAACACACCUACGAAGGGAUACCAAGUUUCCCAGCAAAAUUUUCCUGGGUACAGCAUGGAUAGAAUUACAGGUGUAGAAGAAAUGGUGUUGAACUAUUUGCAGCAGCCUUCCUGCCUUGCACGGGAAAAAGGGGUUCACCGGAAGGAGCUUGCUGACCAGCUAAAUGUCCCCCCUGAAAAGAUAUCACUAGCAAUUGAAUCUCUGGAAGCAGAAGGGCUGGUUUACUCCACAAUAGAUGAGCAUCAUUUCAAGUCCACCGGCAAUGGCUGAGAAAGGGUGUCUUCUCCAGACGUGGCCUGUGAUAUACUUAAGGUGUUUAGGAUUUUCUUUCUUUAAGAGGCUAGCUCGUCUGUGCACAGUGCACUUGAGUUUUGGACUACUACUAUGUGAAUUUAUGUUCUUUGUGAUUCAAAGACACUAAGGCCCUUUCGUUAGAUUGGUAUAUGUGACUCGAUGUGUGGAGAUGCUUUCUCCCAUAUUUGGAUAGUGAAUGUUAUGAAAUCAGGUCUUGAAGGCGUGUUUGGGUU